CUAACCGUGUAUUUAAUUCGGUGCUACAGUAUUUUCCACUUCAAACGUUCAAGAUGCAGUCACCAAAAUUUAGAAACGUCUCGCAAGAAGAAGAGUUAAAAAAAGCAAAGUGGUACAAAGAAGAUCUUGAUAAAGGUGGUUGGAGAGAACUACACAAAAGUGCCGGUGCAGCCUAUUGGAUGAAAGUCUUCCCAGAGGAAGAAAUAAAGAUAAAAAUUCUCAUGAUGUGGGAGCUACCGGUUCCGGUGGAUAAAGUCGUAAAGGCAUUGAGUCCAUCCAACAUAGAAAUCCGCAAAAGGUGGGACGAAGCUUUUGCUGAUCCAGAGGUCUUAAAAAGUUAUUCCGACGGAAGCCACGUCAUUUAUAUAAAAGUCCUUACGCCAUUUCCGCUGUGGGACCGCAGUUUUGUCGCGUACAAUCCCCCCGACCAAAACGUUGACUGGUACGGGAAAGAGGCAAAGAUGAUCCUUGACAUACCUGCUUGGGACGAGUCAAAACCAGUUGGCGAGGAUGGAUGCGUAAGGGCAACAAAUGGAGGAAACUUCACCAUCCUUGUUCCUGAUGAUAAAGAUCCCACCGGGGCGUGUAAAGUGUUCGCGUUGAGGCAUAACAAUUAUAAGGGCUGGGUCCCUCAAGCCCUGAUGCGCUAUGUUCUCCCUCUGAGGUUGCCUACAACGUUGAAUCUUUACAGGAAGACUAUUAUCGCAGGUUGCAACAAGUAUUUUUAAGAUGUACAUUAACCAGGUAUCAAUCUGACGCCUCAUCGCUCAGAAAGCCGACUAUAAACGGACAUUUCCUUCAACAAUAUUUGUCGACAUCAGCGUUUUUUUUUACAAAUGAAAGCAGCGGAUUAAAUUGAUGAUAACGAAAGAAGUUCGUCCGACUUGUUCGUCAUUUUACAAUCUGAACUUAUCUCCCUUCUCUCCAUUGCUCACUCCCUCGU